AUGAACGCAACCGUCGCCAACCGAGUUGGAUACUAUGGUCCUCCAACGAGUACACUAGACUGGUGCGAGAAGAACUACCAGUUUUCUUACUACAUCGCCGAAAUGGCCAAUUCAUUCUCUAACAUCAUUACGCUUGGUGUGGCGGUUUUUGGGGCACAACUGGCGCGUCAGGAGAAGCUACCACCACGUUUCUUAUUGGGGUAUCUUGGAAUCGCUGCCGUCGGUGCUGGUUCAUUCUGGUUUCAUGCAACACUCUUGUACAAAGCCCAACUCGGAGACGAGCUGCCCAUGAUUUGGGUCGCUGUGAUGUGUCUGUGGCUUUUAUUCGACCAACAUCCUGGUUUCCACUUCCUCAAGACUAACCGUUCGCGACUGACGACAAUUGCUGCACUACUAUUCAGCGUCACAUUCUCUUGGAGCUACCUGCUCUACAGGAAUCCGGUAUACCAUCAAGUCGUCUUUGGGACACUACUCUUGACGAUCGCAUUUCGGGUGUACUACCUCCUGACCUGGUCCAAGUAUUCGGCCCGAGUACCCGCAGACAAGCGGAAGGUUGUUGCGAAAAUGUUUGGAUCUGGCGCUGCGCAGUUCACAUUCGCGUUUCUAAUCUGGAAUCUGGAUAACAUCUUUUGCGAUACCAUUACCAAGUGGAAAGUAUCGGUUGGUUGGCCAGUAGCUUUCCUUCUCGAAGGACACUCGUGGUGGCAUUUCUUUACGGCCACUGGCGUGCUAUAUAAGUUCAUCGGGAUACAAUAUCUAGUUGUUUGCCUGAAGGACGACCCCCAACACUUCACACUGCAUCAUCGUAUUGGCCUGCCAUACGUCAAGCGCAUUUCGAAGCGAAUGGAUUAA